GGAUUUUGAAGCGCUACGUUUGUAUAUUGCGUUACCGCAUUUUUGGCGUCCACAUACAGCCCAAGCUUUUCAGAAUAAACCCAUUCUCUUAUUAGAUAAUGUCUAAUAAAACAAAGUCGCAUGAUGGAGCUCUUAAUAAUGAAGAAAAUUCAAAGUCAACAAAUUCAUUUUAUCAUGAGGAAAAUUCUGUAAAAUUGGAUGGAAGUGCUCAUGAUCUUUUACAAUUCCGAGAUUAUUGUGAAUCAUUACGUGAGUCCAUAAAAAAUACCUGGCAGCGUAAAAAAUCACAGGAGAAGAUUAAUGCUUCCCAGUUUGCCUUUCUGAUGAUAUCUAUCAAGGAGUUAAACAGAAGAACACAGUUUAGAAUUCGAAAAUCGCGAGAAAUAACUGCUGAGAACAAAAAUAAAGUGGACCAGUUGCACUUGGGUUUGCAAAAUCUUUUAUAUGAAGUUGCUCAUCUUGAAAAUGAAAUUCAAACAUGCUUAGAAUUUAGGUCUCGACAUGAAGAUAUAAAAUUAAUCCCAGUGAAAGAGUUUUAUGAAAAAACUGGGCGCACAGUCGGAAGCUUAUCAGAACAUGAGGAAACGCUGGAGCGUCUUCAUUGGGAGCUCGAACAACGGAAGGCUUUAUCUGACUCCUGUGAUAAAUUAAAAAGUGCGGUCGAAUCUACCUCACAAACUAUUAGAAAGAAACGAAAUUAUCUAGCUAGUUUUGGUCCAAAGUUGAAAGAUGUCGCUGAAAGCACUUUAAUUGUCCAAGAAUUAAUGGACUUACCAUUUACGAACGAAAACGAACAAUAUAACUUGGCAUUUCUCCUGCCUUCACCACUAUAUAUUCUGUACUCCCUUUUAAAGUCAUAUAUAUCUAUGUCAGGGAAGAAAUCAGAACUUUCUGUAUCAAUCGAAGGUGAUUCGGAAUUAGCCAAAGCUGUUAAUGAAACAACCGAGCAGUCGGAAUCCCAAUCCUCGCCACAGGAAAUUGACGAUUCUGAUGUAGAAGAUGGAGACAGAAAUAAAAAACGGAAAAAGAAACGUCAUGCAACCGAAUGCAUCGAUGAUACAGAUAAAGAGUUUCCCAAUGAAAAAACAAUCAAUUUACAUCCAUUAACUGUUUUGUUAACAGUUUCUGUUCCGAAAAAUUCAGAUAUACCACUAAGUGAACGUAGUUUUAGUAUCAAAUUAUCAUUUGCUUGGAUGUUAAAUUUAAAUUUGGUCACAGUGAGAUUACAAUUUCCACUAGAUAAAACUACUUCAAUUCUCCGAUCAAAAACUGGAAAUAGCUUACUUAAUUCUGAACAGCUUUUAUCCUCUUUGCAUUGGUCUUGUGAUCAACGUGGUUUUGGUGAUUGUAGUUCAGAUAUACCUAUUUUAUUCCUUCCUAAUUCACAACAAUCAUUUAUAUGGAAUGCAUGUGAAUCCAUCGGACGACCAUAUUCUUGGGCUCAACAACUCUCAGGCAUAAAUUGCUUUCCAGAUAAAUUACCUGAUAAUAAAUAUGGUGAACACUCAUCAAAACCCACUCGAUCAGAACAUUUUGGGGAAAUUGAAUCUUGGGUAAAAUCUCUCCAAUCGCGAAUUAUUGACAGACUAUAUCUUCUUGAGGAGCUUUCAGAAAUCGAACGUUGCAACUUAGUGUUAUCACCGGAACAACAACAAUUAAUCCCAUCUGAUACUGAAAUUCACAUUAUUCGAUGGAAGAAUUGUGAUUUCGAAGCAUUACAGUCUGUUCCUCGUGCUCAAGUGAUGUUAGCUUUAAAUGUUAUUCGUUCUGAAGAUGCAGUAUUCCAGUGUCAUUUUGGAAAAGAUGAAAAUCGUUUUGUCACAGUAUGGGUUUGUAUUCCACCACAAUAUCCGCAUAAAGCACCAUUAUUAAUUAUAGAUGGAUUAAUCAAUUAUGUCAGUACUGAUGAUGGUACACAUAAUAAAGAAGAGAAUAUUGUGACUGACUUAUCUGAUCUUCAUAUACAGGAAUUAGAAACUGAAGUCAAUUGUUAUUGGCAAGAAUUUUUCACUUCAUCUUUCAAUCAAACUAAUGGUCAUGCAGUUGUAAACUAUGCUAACAAUACUAAUGUUACUACUUCUGAUAGUAUUGGGAAUUCUGAAAAAUCAUUUUAUGCUGUUAGUAAUCAACAGUAUAUUGGAUUAAAUAAAUGGCAUCGUAAUAUAUUAUCUUGUCAAUUAGCUAGAUGUGCUGCUUGCAUUGAUGCAUUAUGCCGUGAUCAAAUGAUUUGGAAAAAUUCAUUGAAAUCAACAAACAAUUCAUCAAUUCGUUCUGUUAAGUAUCCAACACGAAGUCGUCCUAUUCGUUACUUACCUUCACCUGGUGCAUUUGUUCAUCGUUAA